UGAGCUGGGGUGUGUGGUUUGGCCGGAACAACAGGCGGCCCGCACUACGUUUCUCCCGGCCAGCCUUGGAAGCUGGGACCUCACCUGUUGGUAACCGGCCAUUUGACAUCAGUUCAACGUUGCCAUUGCGCUCCUAAAACCUCUCUUUUACGUCCGUUGAUCAAUUAUUCAAAAUGGGCGGCGGCGGAAAAGUCCCUUACCCCAAGCACGUCUGGUCUCCAGCCGGUGGUUGGUACGCGCAGCCUGCGAACUGGCGCGCCAACACCCUGAUCGCUGGUGUCGUCAUGGCCGGAAUCGUUGCGGUUACGUGGAAGUUCAGCGCUGGGCGAGAACAAUGGGCGCACCGACCUGAGCAAGGGCAGUGGUACGCUAGCCGACACUGGUCGAAACAGUUGAAGCAGUGGGAUGAGGAGGACAAGGGAAAUGCGUCAAAGAGCGAAUAGAGUUGGAUAAAACGACACUGUGUACAAAUUUCUGCGACAAGAUGAAUACAAUCUGAUUCAAGAUCAAUAUCUGGUGUCUAUGAUGGUGUGAUGAUAAUGGUCGCUAAUAUUCCAUUUCACGAAGCUCCCUGGAACAUCUCGACUGGGAUCAAAGUGAUGAGAAGCCAAAUUUCGACCCAAGAAGUCUCUAGUUUGUUCCUUGGUUUACCAACAUGCUGCUUCUCGGACCAGAGGGUUAUUAAAUGGGUGUUAAUGCUCGUUUCUGAGACCAAAUCAGAGCACUGCUAAAUAUGCUUAUGAGAAUUACCAUUGCCGUCUAAUUGCCGAGAAGCAGAUACACACUGGUAUUUAGACGGCUGUACGAAGAACGAAAAGUGCUUCGAAAUUGAGAUGAACUCAUUCAUGCCUGGACUUUCCAAGUAUGCCUUCCGUCUAACGUGAAGAAGCAUUAGUCGAACACACAAUAUUGGAACUAUUCUCUUCACAACAAGCUUGCGAUGACUUUAAGGUAUGCUGGGAAGAUGUUUCACACAAAGCAUCAGACGACCGCAGAUAGUGAUCCGCUACAGCCGAACCUACGUGACAUUCCUAUUAGAGCGACCAAGACAAGGGCUAUGAUAAGGACUCAGUAACACACCCUACACAACAGUUAAUACAAUUGACACGAGGUUCCUCUGAAGGUGUUGAAGGUGCCAACUGAGACAGGGCAGAAGACAUUGCUUGUAACAAAACACCUAAUUGAGCUUGGGUCAUACAUAUAUUUUCAAGAACCCUAAUGAUAGGCAUAAGGGAAGUAAUCACAAAGAUAUGUAGCUUGUUAAAUUAUGAUGCAGAACUACUACCUCGAUAAAUGCAAUUCAGACAUAGCCC